GCUGCUACACACGCAGGGUCAGGCAGCAGCCACUGCUGUGUCCUCGCUCAGGCCCUGGGAGCCCGCUCCUCCCCCUCCACUCCCUGACAGACGGUGACAUGGCUCCGCGCAGGAACCCCUCCAAAGGCGCCGGCAGCAGCCCCAGCCAGGGGGCCAGGAAAGAGACAAAGCAUGGAGGAAACAAGAAUGGGAAGAAAGAAGGCCUCUCUGGAAGCUCCUUUUUCACCUGGUUUAUGGUAAUAGCACUGCUGGGAGUUUGGACAUCAGUAGCAGUUGUUUGGUUUGAACUUGUAGAUUAUGAAGAAGUUCUAGGCAAGCUUGGGAUAUAUGAUGCUGAUGGAGAUGGAGAUUUUGAUGUGGAAGAUGCCAAAGUUUUGCUAGGACUUAAAGAAAGAUCUGUCCCAGCACAGCCAACACCAGCAGAAUCCGAAGAGUCCAUUCAAGCUGCAGAGCAGUCAUUCGUUACAUCAGAGCACAAGAAUGUUGAAGCAGAACUGGAAGAAGAAAUCCAGGCCAUUCUUCAUGAAGCACUCCAUUCACAAGCCGGAGAGAGGCAUGAGGAAGGUGCAGAUGAAGGACUAAAUGAUGAGCAUGAGGAAGGUGCAGAUGAAGGAUUAAAUGAUGAGCAUGAGGAAGGUGCAGAUGAAGGAUUAAAUGAUGAACGGCAGGAGAAGGAUGAAGUAUAUGAAGAAGCUUUUGAAAUUCCUACAACAGAUGACUUCUAUGAAGCAUUAGAAGAUGAAAUACCUGAAGUACCUGAAAUACCAAAACCAGUUCAGGAAGAAACUGACAGUCAUGAUCAGGUAGAAGAGCAUGGAGUAGGUGAGCCUGAAGCAGUUGAAAUUCCUGAUCCAUAUGAAUAUUACAUGGAUUUAGAAGAGCCAGCAUAUGAGUCAAAAGUUCCAGAUAACACUGAAUUAGCACAGGAAGAUGCUCUUGAACAUCAUGGAGCGUAUGCAGAAUUGGAGACUGGAAAAACAGAAGAAACUGCAGGUAAAGAGCCUGUAAAUGAAUACUACUAUGAAGAAAGCAUACAAGAACCAGCUGAUGAUGCUGAAAAGGAAGAUGAAACUGCAGGGGCACUUCCAGAACCAGUAAAUGAAGAUACAGAGCCAGAUGAAAUUCCUGAGGACGUGGAAAUUAAUAAAAAGCAAUCAGAGGAAAAAGAACAUACAGAAGACACUGUUGCUGCUGGACCUCAGGAAACAGAAGUUCCUGUUGAAGCAGAGAAUUACUCAAAUGAUGAUCUAGUGGGAAAAAGUAAAGAAGCUGAACAGGAACAAAAAGAAAAAGCUAAGAAGAAACCAAAACUCUUAAACAAGUUUGAUAAGACCAUUAAAGCUGAACUGAAUGCUGCAGAAAAGCUACGUAAAAAGGGAAAAGUUGAAGAAGCUGUGAAGGCCUUUGAAGUAUUAGUGAGCAAAUAUCCACAGAGUCCACGAGCAAGAUAUGGGAAAGCACAGUGUGAGGAUGACUUAGCUGAGAAGAUGAGAAGCAAUGAAAUACUGCAAAAAGCCAUCAAUACUUUUGAGGAGGUGGCUAGCCUGCCAGACGUCCCUGCUGAUCUGGUAAAAUUGAGCCUGAAACGACAAGCAGACAGGCAGCAAUUUCUUGGUCACAUGAGAGGUUCUCUGGUUACUCUUCAGAAACUAGUUCAUCUGUUUUCCAAUGAUAUCUCAUUGAAGAAUGACCUUGGAGUGGGUUACCUCUUAAUAGGAGAUAACAGUAAUGCCAAGAAAGUUUAUGAGGAGGUCCUGAGUCUGGCUCCAAACGAUGGCUUUGCUAAAGUACAUUAUGGCUUCAUCCUCAAGGCAGAAAACAAGAUAGCAGAGAGCAUUCCAUAUUUGAAGGAAGGCCUAGAGUCUGGUGACCCUGGCACUGAUGAUGGACGCUUUUAUUUUCAUUUAGGUGAUGCCCUGCAGAGAGUUGGAAACAAAGAGGCAUACAAGUGGUAUGAGCUUGGGCACCAGAGAGGUCACUUUGCAUCGGUUUGGCAGCGCUCUCUCUACAAUGUUAAUGGACUAAAAGCUCAGCCUUGGUGGACAGCAAAGGAAACUGGUUAUACUGAAUUGGUGAAGUCCCUAGAAAAAAACUGGAAGCUUAUUCGUGAUGAAGGGCUUGCUGUGAUGGAUAAAGGAAAAGGCCUCUUCUUACCUGAAGAUGAGAACCUGCGAGAAAAGGGAGAUUGGAGCCAGUUCACAUUGUGGCAGCAAGGAAGAAAAAAUGAAAAUGCCUGUAAAGGCGUCCAUAAAACAUGUGCUUUAUUGGAAAGAUUCCCUGAGGCUACAGGGUGCCGAAGAGGACAGAUCAAGUAUUCCGUCAUGCACCCAGGGACUCAUGUCUGGCCUCACACAGGGCCUACUAACUGUAGGCUGAGGAUGCAUUUGGGCUUGGUUAUACCAAAAGAAGGCUGCAGAAUUCGAUGUGCCGAGGAGAACAGAACCUGGAAAGAAGGGAAGGUUCUUAUCUUCGAUGACUCUUUCGAGCAUGAAGUGUGGCAGGAUGCUGACAGUUAUCGGCUGAUAUUCAUUGUGGAUGUGUGGCACCCUGAGUUAACACCCCAACAGAGACGCACCCUUCCUGCCAUUUAA